AUGCUGAGGAGUAUUCUCAAGAAAUCCUUUCACAAUGAGCUGACACUGGAAGAUUUUGAGUUUGUGGCUGCUGAUGGUGUAACUGGUAUUGAGGAAACGACAGAUCAGCCUGGGGAGACGAUGCUUGUCGAGCUGGGUAUCCAGGACGGCUCUUUCUUGUACUUGAUACCAAAGCAAUACUGGUACCACACAGCAUAUAGAGGACGUGACAUUCCCAAGGCUGAGCAUCGGGGCAUUACUCUGAUCCAAUUGAGAGAUCUUGCAGCGAUGGUGAUUAGAAAAUGCGUACCGGAAGGCUGGAAAAGCACAAACCCAGAACUCGACAGCAAGCGUUUGUCGCCCGAAAACGUUACUCUUUAUGAUUUGAUGGAGCACUACAUUCGUCCGCUGACAAGAGAGCACAAGUGGAGCUAUGUGGAACACAUCACAGUGGCAGAGGAAGACCCUAUGCCAGAUUUCUUCCUCAGUCACUUCCCCCGGCGUCAGCUGUCAGUGUUCCGCGAAAGAUCAGAGCGCGGAAAGCAAGAAGAUUGA